AUGUCCAUGUUUCGAUCGGCAGCUGACAUCUCUGAUUCUGAUCCUGAGUCCAGCACGGAUGAUUUUGAGUACGAGGACCCCAGUCCUGGUCGCAACUCAAGCGAGCAGAAUAGGUAUGCUGCGGGGGAAAGGAUCCUAGGUAGCCUUGGCUCAAUGGCUGGCAGUGACCCCGGCUCCUAUGAAAAGGCACAGGGCUCAGAAGAUGCGGAUGAGGAUGCGGUCCUCGACGUAGAUGCUGAGGGACAUGCUACGCUCAUGACUUCAGCAUUGUUGGAGUUCUAUUGUAUGACCCGGGCUGCAGAUAUCCUCAACUCCCAACAAGGCUCUCAUGGACGAUAUACCCGAGAAUCACCCGAGGUCCAGUACCUGGGCAGAAAGAUGUACGCCUACAAGUCUCAGUUCCUGUCUUCUCAUGGUGUACUCGCCAAUGGAAUCGACAGCGACGAUUGGGGCCUAACCAGACAAUACUACCGGGAUAGUCUCGACGUAUUGGGGGUCAGCGCCCUAGAAGGGAUGAACCUCAACGGACCUUUAGGGCCGUCAACCAAAGGAGCUAUAACCGACUCUUCCUUGCCUUCGCAAACCCAGGAAAAGCAGCUCAUGGCAAGCACAGCUACACAUCUACAGCAACCCACGGUGAAGGAACCAGGGGGGUGGGAUAUGAAAAAGCGUGGCUUUAGAGGCAAAACUCCUGGGUUGGUGGAGACGCGCAUCAGUUUCAGAGGCACACCUCAACCCUCGCCAUAUCUGCUCUCGAGCUCACCGGCGGGUUUCUCAUUACUCGAUUCUCCCCCUCCUCCACAAUCUCCCAAUCGUCUGUCCCGUUAUGCGGUGGAAUUCGCAGAAGUCAAGAUGUUAGGUCGCGGUUCAUUUGGGGAGGUUUAUCAUGUCAGGAACCAUGUUGAUGGGCAGAAUUACGCCAUCAAGAAGAUUCCAUUGAGCCGAAGACGCCUCGAGCUACUACGAGAAGGUGGCCUUCGGCAACUGGAGCAUAUCAUGAAAGAGAUUCGAACUUUGGCUCGACUGGAGCAUACAAAUGUUGUUCGAUACUACGGUGCUUGGGUUGAACAAGCUGAUGGAUUUGCCAACGGGCGUUCACUGGACAAUGUUCGAGGAGCUGAACACGAACCUGGCCAUCCGUCGACGGAUGAUAGCGCCGAAAGUCUAAUAUCCAGUUUCGGGGGCUCAGACGACGGUAUUAUAUUCGCAGAAGAUUCCAAGUCGGAAGCUACGAACGAUAAGGAGACAUCUUUUGCCGAAAGUUCCAGGCGCCGGGGUAGCCAUGCGACUAUAACGUCGAACCGCUCAAAGAAGAGCUCUGCUCAUGUUGAAGAUGAUGAUGACGACGUCGAGUCUAUACCGAGGAACUUUGACGCUUCGUCGCGUGGAUUAAUGUCAACUAUGGGAGGUUCCGAUGGAGACAUUUUCACAGAUGGAUUGAGCGAGGACAGGUCCAGACUACAGAUCCGGCAUAGACCCCGAUAUGGCUCUCAGGCUCCCGCUGUCGUUCUGCAUAUUCAAAUGUCGUUGCACCCUAUUAGCUUGAAUACCUAUCUCAAUCCUCAGAGUCUUAGAGUGCCACACGGCCACUCUGAAAAGCGUCGCCACUGCUUCCAUGUUAUACCAUCACUGAAAAUAAUUCUUGGCAUCCUUUCGGGCGUGGAGUAUCUCCACUCGAAGGGUAUUGUCCACCGAGAUCUCAAGCCAGCCAACAUCUUCCUAUCUUUCCCUGAAGGCAAGGAGACCAGCGAGUGCCAGUCGUGUAAGCGCAAGCGAGAGACUCCUACCUACUCUUGCCUCCCCAGAAUCGGCGAUUUUGGCCUCGUUGCAGACAUUUCGCAUAUAAGCGACUCGAGUCCGGGAACAGCCGUUACAUCUCUUCAGGAUAAUAGCAAGCGGUUACGGCACGUGGGAACCGAGUUUUAUUGUCCACCCAUGUACUCAGCGAUGCACAGCAAAGAGAAUGCGGAUCAUUCAAGUGACCAGCAUCCUGAAGCUGACAACCCUUAUGUGAUCGAUGAGAAACUGGACGUCUUCGCUCUGGGGGUGAUCCUCUUUGAACUUAUCUACCGGCUGAAUACGAAAAUGGAGCGCCAGUUUGUCCUCGCGGACCUCACGAGGGGCCAGCAUGUGACAGGGAGGCAAAAUGACGUUCUUCCUUCGGACUUCUGCGCGAAGGUUGACUGUGGCGAUAUGACCAUGGGAGACGGUACCUCAGUAGCUGAGGCGCUGUCGGAGUGUAUUAAAGGCAUGGUGAAUCCUCAGCGGCAGAAGAGAUGGCCAUGCAAGGAUGUUAGGAACUGUCUUGAGUGUAUCCUCUCCGUGGUUGAGAAGAACCUGGAGAGUUAUUAG